AUGUUUAUCCGCCUCUCUACCACUUUCCUUGUGCUCCUCGGCCUGACGGCCAUUGUCAGCGCUGGAGCGCCCCUUCCUCGUUCACCUUACCAGCCCUAUAGCGGCAAGCGUGACUAUGUCGCGAGGGUGGCCCGAUCUGAGACUGGCAGCAAGCAACCCGAUGCCCGCGCCGAACCUACCGCUCGUUCCGAGACUGGAAGCAAGCAACCCGAUGCCCGCGCCGAACCUACCGCACGUUCCGAGACUGGAAGCAAGCAACCAGAUGCCCGCGCCGAACCUACCGCACGUUCCGAGACUGGCAGCAAGCAACCCGAUGCCCGCGCCGAACCUACCGCACGUUCCGAGACUGGCAGCAAGCAACCCGAUGCCCGUGCCGAACCUACCGCACGUUCCGAGACUGGCAGCAAGCAACCCGAUGCCCGCGCCGAACCUACCGCAAAGUAA